CUAACACAAAAAAUGGAAUGUAUCUUCAUGUUUGAUCCAUCUUAAUGGCUUAAACUUUCCUCCUUUCAACUCACUUCUAUCAUCUCUCAUCCUCACUAUAACUGCAUAAUGGAUUAGGGUUAGAUUAUACUAACUCACAUCUAUGUAAAUAUGGACAAACCCUAAGGAAAUCAAUGGUUUUUUUUUCUUUCUGAAUCUUGGCAUGUUCAAUCUCAUGAUGUGAAGUCUUCUAAGAUACUUGAGAAUAAGGUGUAACUGUGAAGCCUUUUGUUCAUCAAAACAUUCAAAGAAAAAGGGAAAAAAAUUGCAUGAGAAUGAGUUAUAGUGUGUCUAGUAAAAGAUCAUUACCUAUGUGGAGUUUCUAUAAUGGUGGAAUUUGCUUAAAAUCACCAAACUCCUACAAUGAAAGUUUGAGAAUUCUAGAAUUGUCACUUUCUAGUGACAAUGGUUCCUCCUCAGCCUCAGGUGAAGAACCUCAGGAUGCAGAUUAUGUUCUACCAUUACCAUAUCUCAGUGAUGAGAUAGAGACAAUGAUAUUGUCGCGGUUUCCGAUAUCAAAACACUGGAAAAUGUGUUGCUUAAACAAGAAGUAUUUGAAUCUAAUGAAGAGUGGUGAAGUUUAUAAGAUAAGGAAUAUGAUAGGGAUGAAAGAAGCAUCAGUUUUUAUGUUGGCAAGUGGUGAGAGGAAUUGGUGUGUCUUUGAUGGUGAAUUCAAGUCAUGCAAGAAAUUGCCAAUUAUUCCAUCUGAUUACAAAUUUGAAUGUGGCGUUAAAGAGUCCUUUUCUGCUGGCACACAUUUGUUUGUUUCAGGUAUGGAGAUUGAUGGAGCAGUUAUAUGGAGAUAUGAACUAACAAGAAAUGAAUGGUUCAAAGGUCCAUCAAUGAUAACACCAAGGUGUGUCUUUGCAUCAGCUUCAUCUAACACUUUUGCUUAUAUAGCUGGUGGACUUGAAACAAAAAACUGCAUUGAAGUUUUAAACUCAGCUGAAAAAUACAAUUCCGAAAACCAAACAUGGCAAAAACUCCCAAACAUGAACCAAAAGAGAAAAUGCUGUUCAGGUUGUUACUUGGACAACAAGUUUUAUGUAAUUGGAGGACAAGAUGAAAACCAAAAGAAUCUAACAUGUGGCGAAUUCUUCGACGAAAAGAGCAAUAAAUGGAUCUUGAUUCCAAACAUGUUGAAAGAUAUUGUUCUUUCGAGUCCAAGAUCACCGCCUCUUAUAGCCGUUGUUAACGAUGAAUUGUAUACACUUGAUGCUUCAUCGAACGAGGUUAAGGUUUACGUGAAAGGUACGAAUUUGUGGAAGAAAUUAGGGUUUGUUCCUGUGAGAGCCGAUAUACAAGGCGGUUUGGGGAUCGCAUUCAAAUCUUUGGGAAAUGAAUUGUUUGUUAUUGGUGAUAGUUCUAGUUCUUGUUCACAUAAAACUUUGAUGAAGAUUUAUAGUUGUUUGCCUCAUCAUGAUUUGGAGGUUUUGGAAUGGAAGGAAAUUGUGUGUGGGAGUGGAAAUAUUAAACCUUUUAUUCAUAAUUGUGCUGUUAUGUUAGCUUGAAAAGUUUGAAGUUUGUAUUUUAAGGAAUAAGUAAGGUUUCUUGAAAAUGAAACUCUUUAAAAGUAAAAGUUUAUCCAAAUAGGACAGUAAGAACUUGUUGGAGUUUAAAAAAUAUUUGAUUCAAUCAUAAGAAUUCCAACUCAAAUUUUUGCUGAAUCUGAGUUAGUCGAAUUCUUUUUGAUUGAACCGAUUUAUACCCGUGGAGAUUGCUUUGUUAUUUUCAUAUUUUGUGAUUUGAUUAAU